AUGGAUGAAUUAUUAGGCGCUGUAAUGUAAAGAAAAUCAAAGAUAAAUGAAGUAAAUGAAACAAUUCUCAAAUUUAAAGUUAAAAAUGCUAUAAAUUAAUCUGAUAGAUCAACAAUAUAUGCCAUCAUUCGUAAACUUAAAGAGGAAGAAAAAAAUAGAACAGAAAAAGAAAAUUGGAUAGUCACUAUAAUGAGGAAUACGAAAUAAUACAAUGAAGAAUAGAUGAAUCAUAUAUUUGUUAAAACCAAUGAUAUCAUGAAAUUAAUUAGUGCAACUUUUAUUGAAUUUCCUUAUUCCCCUCCUAAUAGUCUCAAUCAAUUUUUAGAGUAAUACUACAAUUUACACCAAGGGUUCUUUCAACAAAUGAAUUAAGAAUACCAAUUAAAAAUAUAGCACAAACAGGCCAUCAAAUAAGGAAAUAUCAAUUUGAUAACUGAUUUAAUCAAAGCAUUGUUAACAUCUUCACGAAAAAUUCUGAAAGAUAAUAUUGAUGAUUUGGCUUAUUUAGUAAACAAAGAACUAUCACCUGAGAAGCAAAAGAUUGUUAAAAAAAUUGUACCAGACGCAUUGAUUGAGCACUUAAAAACGAGAUCAUCGACAUAAAAUGGAAAAAAAGAUGGAGCAGUUAUUAGUAUGACCAAUAGCUUAAUUCAAAAUGAAGAGCCUAUCAGGUAUAGCGAUAAGAAAGAUUAUCAAUUUAUCAAAGAGAAAUUGAAAUUACAAUAAAGAAGAUUUGUUUUAUAACCCAAAAUAGCUAAUCAAGAGAUAAUAUUGAUAGAAUCACCAGUCUAUUAAUUAAAGUUGAAAUACUAACAAUAUUAUAAUUGCACUAUUGAAAAAAAUUAAUUUGCUUCUUUAUUUAAUAAUGUGAAUCUUGAUGAUUUGGAUGAUCAAAACAUUUGUGUUUUGGAUUACCAGACUAUUAAACGACAAUAAUAAAAUUUUGAUGAAUUUAAACUUAAUUUCGAAAGUCUUUAUGAUAAGAUCAAGCUGAGAAAUUCAUAUAUACAAUAAUCAGUAAUUGAUUAUAACCAAUACAUAUCUAAAAAAUGCAUUAAUUCAACGUUGAUGGUAAGUAGUCAGUGCAAUACUAAUUUAGAAAAUGAGUUUUUUAACGUUAUCAAAGAUAAGUACGAAGAACUAACCAGCUUGAACCCAGAAUUCUAAUAAAAUAUGUGGCAUUAUCAUUUUUGCAGGAUCUAUCUCAAACCCCAUAUCAAUCAAAGUUGUGCUUGUUUCAACAGUACAAGUAAUAAAUAUGAAUUAAAUUCGAAUCCCAUUAAAAAUAAAAUAGUAAUCCGAAAAUCUGUGUAGAGUAUGAAAAAGUCAGCACCUAUUCAAUAAAAUUAAAAUUCAUUUACUUCAAAGAACCUUAUAGAUUAAUUAAAGAAGGAAAGGACUUUUCAUUAAUCUAUCAUGUUAGAAGAUACCAGUUAUCAAGACAAUAAGAAAUACAAUAAUAAUAGUAGCGGAAUUAGUCCUUUAAAUAAUUCGAUACUUUAGAUAAGGAAAUUUGAUUAAUCUCAAAAUGUAAAUGGAAGUGUUUAAUAUAACUUAUACACUCAUAAAUUCUCAAGCGAAUUUUAAACAUUUAAAUAAUCUUCAUUACACCAUAGAGCCUAAUCAGCUCAUGGAGAUUAAUUCAGUAUUCCUCCUCUCAACCUAAGGAAUUGUGCUGAGUGA